ACAAUUGGGACCCGGAAUCUUCACCGAGCACCGUCGCGGUGCGGCUGCGACAGCCUCCCAUCCCAAAAGGAGCGUCUCGCUCGGCGUUCAGGCAUGCCUCCCACCCGGGACCCUUUCCAGCACCCUACGCUAGAUAACGAUGACUCCUAUUUGGGAAAACCGCGGGCUUCCAAGAAAUUGCCAUUCAAGAACCCAACGCACCUCGCCCAGCAGCAGGAUCCCUGGAGCCGGCUCAGUUCAAGCCCUACAAUCACCUCCAUGAAGCGGGACCCCUACUUCUCUGACCCCAAGAUACCAAAGGAUGACCUCGAUUUCCGCUUAGGAGCCUUGUACGACCACCACAGUGGGGCCUUCAAGAACAAGACUGAGAUACUGUUACACCAGGAGACCAUCCGGGAUACUCAUGAAAUCAAGCCUCGGUUCCCUGGAGAAUAUUUAUCCCUUUUUCCUCCACCCCCGAUCACGUCCCUGGCUAACAUCAGACAGUGGAUCAACCCUAAGAAGGAGUCCAUCCACAGCAUCCAGGGAGCCAUAGUGUCCCCGCACACUGCAGCCACCAAUGGAGGUUACUCCCGAAAGAACGACGGUGGCUUCUUCUCCACCUAGUGCUGGUGGCGCCUCGACUAAUCACAGUGGGACGUCCUGCUGCCUGCCUCUCUAUUAAACAGGUUUGUGCAAGACAGUCCUGAAGUCUCAUUACCUGUGACUGUUAUCUCUCGACUGCUCUUAGAACAUGAGAGGGAAACUUCCCACUUCUAGAACUGCUUCUGUCGGGUCUGUUUGCAAUCUGAAAACUCAUCUUGCUGACGAGAUAAGGAUUUAGCACAGAAUAGCCCCGUUUGUGGAAGGACCCAGCACUUCGUUUGUAAACUGAAGUCACUGCAGCUGUACAGAGCCACCACUUGUCACCCUUACAAACCUUUGUCUAGAACCAAAUGAAGUACAGGGGAAACAGGAAAUGGACGUAGCCCAUUCUCCCAGUGAAUUCUGUGAUUUUAUUUUAUUUUAUUUUAUUGGUGCCAGGAAUCAAACUCAGGACCUUGCGCUUGCCAGGCAGGCGCCUGUGCCACUGAGCUGUAUCCCCAGCCCCAAUUCUGUGAUUUUAUGAGCACUGUAAUGUCAGCAGCUCCAAGUAGCAUUAGUAUUUACGCAAAGCCACACCUUAGUCACCUGCUGGACUUCACUGAGGGCUCCACCUGCCUGGCCCUCGGGUCCUGGCCAUCACUGUCCAGUCGCUAACUCUGUUGCUGUGCCCUUGCCUGGAAGACAACUGCCUUUUCUGGGUCAAUCUAUGCUGCAAUAUAUAGUCUCGAUUCUUAUGAAUACUGUUCAAAUAGCUGGUGCUUGGGUUUGAAGGUACCUAAAAAUUGAAGCAUUGUUGUGGUUUCUCUAAUGACAAAUCAGUCACAGGAAUUUGUUGUAUCAUAAAAAAGACUGGACAAGAGAAUGGCCCAGUGGUGCUGGGUGUGGUGGCGCAUACCUGUAAUCCUACCACUCGGGAGGCUGAGGCAGGAGGGUCACUGUGAGGUCGAGGCCAGCCUGGGCUACAUAGCAAGGCCAUCUCAAAAAACAAAAACAGUGAAAAAGUAUUGUGUAAUAAGUUCCUAUUUUUCAGUUCGACAAUGUAUAUCAUCACAUAAUUCAGACUUAAAGGCCUUCUAGGUACUCAAAUUUAGGGUCCUUAAACCAAACUGCCACAGUCCCUUUCCACAGGGACUGUCUAAUCUAUUCAGAUAAUUAUGUGCUGGUAAUAUGAAGUUUCAGUUCUCAUUAUUUUAAGCCCCUCUGAAGGUGGCAGAGAGAGGCUGCUCCCUGGAUAAUCACCUCACGCAGGUUAUUUCAGAUACUGAACACCAAAACAAACUUACUACCAGCCUGAUGAGGCGGUGCACACCUGUAAUUCCAGGAUUCUGGGAGGCUGAGGAGGAUGUAUGUUCAGGCCUACCAGGACAAAUUAGCAAUUAAGCAAGAGACUUACUUAAAAAAAAAAAAAAAGUGCUGGAGAGACAAACCAAUGUGAAAGCCUUGGGUUCAUUCCCUAGUACCAAAAAACAAAAUCCUGCUGAGGGUGCAGCUUAGUGGGAGAGUGCUUGCUCAGCAUGCAAGGGGCCUUAGGUUCAAUCCCUAGCACCUAAAUAAAAACAACUUAUUACUAUGA